UAAAGCCUGCUUCCUUUGUCUGGUUCCGGUUGCCUUGCUCCUGUCUGACGAAGUGAUUAGUUUAUUUCUCUGUUCCGUUCUUCUGUUCCUUCGCCCGUUCAAUGCAGCGUCCUCCAGUCAGAUCUCAGCGGAGUCCCGGAGCUCCGCGGCCGCCUGGAAGGUUUCCAUCACCGUCUCCCUGCUGGCCUUUCCCCGGGCCGCGGUCCCCGUUCAUUGAUUCCGGACACCGCGGAGGCUCUCCUCGGGGCGGGCAGCCUUAUGCACCGGGUCCUCCGGUCUUCUCCCCGAGUUCAAACCGAGGAUUCGGUAACAGGUCCCCGGGCGGAUUCGGCAGUGGGUCGCGAGACUUCGCGGGUCAGAUGCGGCGAAGAGGGGGCGUGUCCAGGCAGCUUCCGUCCUUCAGUCCGUCCUCAUCUCCCAACUUCCAGUCCAGACAUUCGGACCCUCCAGUGGAGAAGUUCUUCAGUCCGUCCAUGAUGGAUGAUCCCUGGAAGACUCUUCACCCCCUCACCGCCAAGGAUGCCACUGCUGCCAAGAGGUUCACAUGAUCCAGUCCGAACUGGCAGGAAACGGGUCAGAGAUCUGGGCUCGGGUCACCAGCAGCUUCUGGAUCAGGACGACCAAGCAGGCUGAUCAGAAACCUUCCCUUAGGAUGAACUCAUGGCAGAAAAAAGAUCUGAUGUUGAUCAUUUUUAUUAAAAUAGUUUUUAAUAUUUUUAUAGUUUAGAGUUUCUGUUAAAAUGUUUUAAACGUUUUAUAACUAUAUUUUCAUUUAAAAAUGUUUUAAUAAAAAUGUUUCAU